AGUUUUAGAGUCUCGCUUUCUGAUUGCCGAAAAAUCGCUGGAUAAUAAAUUACCGAGUCAACUGCAAGCUAAAGUUGUUGUACUGAGUCGUGAAGAUAGCAGAGUAGAAUUGAUAGACGAAGGGGGAGUUUGUUGGAUAUUAAUAGUUUUUUUUCAUGCACGUUCAGGAGUAGGAGUGAAGUAGAGUCGUCUGUGAGCAUUAAGAAAGAUGAUGGCAGAGUACCACCUUCUAUUUCGCUUCCGGCGGAGCGGACUCGUUUCAUCCUUUUCGCUCUUCUAGUCGAAAGGGAGGUAGAUCUCAGAUCAGCAACAUAUCAAUCACAAUCUCCUAAGCAACAACGACUGUUCCAAGAACACCUCCGUCGUCUGGAGCCAUGGUUGAUUUUUGGGAGUCUGAAUAUUUUGAAGCGGCAGUGUGGGGAGUCCUCGUUGUUAUUAGCGUGAUAAUCACGUACGUUUGCGGGGGAUUCGAUCAAAUCAAGGUAAUAAGGAUUUUUUUGACCGAUAAGAAUAGAAUGCUUCAUAGAGCAUUCGCCGGUGAAGCAAUGAAAAACCUGCAUUUCCAGAGUUCUUCCUACUAUGAUCGAAAAGGAAGAGUUUUUCAUUUUCUGUACUUCUAUUACAACAAAAAUAUACACCAAAGACGUCGAGUUGGCAACAUUUCCUUCAUCAUCUUCAUCUACUGCAACUGAGUACUUCUGCUUCUGCCACGACGACCACGAAUUUUUAUUCCUCACGACAUUACAGGUGAAAGUGCAGGAGUUGCGCCGGAUUGAUAAAAACCGCUCAGACUGUGCAAUUUGUUGUUGCGAUUUGGAGGUUGGGGUAAAGGUAGCCAAAACUCCUUGUGGUCAUGUCUUCCACUAUCGUUGUUUGCGUGAGUGGUCCUUCCGACAGAAUACUUGUCCUGUCUGCCGCGCAGAUCUUGGCCCGGAUGGUGUUUUAGAGGAUAUUCCGGCAAGCAGUCUCCGCGAUGCAUUUCCCUCACAAACACAAGAACAAGUCUAAAAAUCGCAGUGUAAAUGAAGGAGCAGGAGCAGGGCGGCCACGAUGCCGAACUGCGUAAAAAAGCUACAGAUUUGCAUGCUGUCGUUGUAGAAGAAAGAAGCUCUACGCAUGUCCAAACUGUUUAGUUGAGUUAAAAUCGUUGAUCCGCCAGUUAAUUUUUGCAAAAACAUAUGUAGAUGAAGAUGUACUUACAUCAAGUAUCACGAUCUUCUACAAGUAAGUAACAAUUUUGCUCAUUAGAGGAAUGAACAGCCAAGUUGGUGCAUGAUCUGAAUGUAAAGCGGAGGAGAAACAUGACAUUGGCAGAGAGGACAGCUUAAGGAUUCGCUUUUUGGCGUUCUAGACACGGAGGACGAGGAGUAGCAGGCUUCAAUCGUGGAAAGAACAAAUGCUUCUGCGUGUGUGGUGUGCGUGCAACGACUUGCGUCUAGAGAUGUACAACAGGUGAUCGUAGUGUUUCUGUGUGAACAAGAGUACUUAAAAAUAAACAAAACACGACUGAUUUUAGCUUUUGUUGCAACUAGAACUACAGUGUUAGAAAAUGUCUGGUCGUACUAAAGCUCGUUGUACCUUAUCUUUCCACAUGCACAUUGAUAUGCAUAUGGCAUACGAAAAAUAUCAAUCCCAUCGUGUUCUCUAACGAAGAAACGGCAAUUCUCGAGAGUAAAUGGCAAAGCAAGGCAAAAACAAUGUAAGAAUUCUUGACUAGUAAUCUGACCAUCCAAAACUCGAGCGACCUAUGACCGACAUGAUAUGUUCUUGAGG